AUGGCGGGCCACGGUCGACCUUACGGACGAGCUCCAGUCGACGAGGAAGAAGAAGCUCUGCUAGGCAUUCGCGAUGGGGAAGAGCAAGCGAGGCCUAAGUCCUCACGCAAGCGAUGGACGGUGCUCGGCCUGGUGGCCCUGAUGGGUGGUCUUGCGAUCGCCAUCGUGUACCUGGUGUUUGGGUAUGGAACCUGUCGUUCUGCAUCUCUUGCCAAGGAAAAUCAUCCUGAUGAGAAACUGGCGGUGUCUAGCUCGAGAAAUGUCCCUCGUCACCCGAAGAUGUGUGAUACCAUCAACAGUGGUUACGAGUGUUUCACCGACAUCUCCCAGCGCUGGGGUGCCUACUCGCCUUAUUUCUCCGUCGAGGGAGGCAUCUCCGGUGAUCUGCCCAAGGGCUGCGAAGUCACCUUUGUCCAGGUUCUCUCUCGUCACGGUGCGCGGUAUCCCACUGCGUCUAAGAGCAAGAAGUACGCCGAGUUGAUCGCGGAUAUUCAAGCGAAUGCGACGGACUUCAAAGACACCACGGCUUUCUUGAAGACCUACAACUACACCCUGGGCAGCGAUGAUCUGACCACUUUCGGCGAGCGCCAGAUGGUGGAUUCAGGAAUCAAGUUCUACAACCGUUAUGAAUCUCUGACCCGAGACAAUAUCCCAUUCGUCCGAUCCUCAGGGUCCUCGCGAGUGGUCGAGUCUGGCAAAAAGUUCAUUCAGGGCUUCCAGCAGACCAAGAACACUGACCGAAAGGCAGACCGGGACCAAAGCCCCCCAACGAUCAACGUGAUCAUCUCCGAAGAUACAGGUUCAAAUAACACGUUGAACCACAACACCUGCACAGACUUUGAGGCUAGCACUCUCGGCGAUGACGUCGAUGCCGGCUACGAGGCCAGAUUCGUGCCUUCAAUUGCCCAUCGCCUCGAGAACGAUAUGCCAGGCGUGACUCUCUCCAACGACGAUGUCACCUAUCUGAUGGACAUGUGCUCAUUCGACACCAUCGCGUCGUCGGAAGAUGGAAGUGUUAUCUCUCCGUUCUGCGAGAUGUUCACCCUGCGCGAAUGGAGUCACUACAACUACCUCCAGUCGCUAGACAAGUAUUACGGUUACGGUGCGGGUAAUCCUCUCGGCCCUACUCAAGGUGUCGGUUUCGUCAACGAGCUCAUCGCAAGAAUGACCCAAACCAGUGUGCACGACGACACUACCACAAAUCACACCCUCGACUCCAAUCCAACAACCUUCCCAGUGAACACGACUCUCUACGCAGAUUUCACCCAUGACAACGGCCUCAUCCCGAUCUUCUUCGCACUGGGCCUGUACAAUGGUACUGAAACCCUCCCAACCCAGCACAUCCAAUCUGAAUCCGCCGCAGAUGGAUACUCCGCCUCAAAGACAGUUCCUUUCGCAGCUCGCGCCUACAUCGAGAUGAUGCAGUGUUCCAAGGACAGGAACUCCGAUCCAUUCGUGCGCGUUCUCGUCAACGACCGCGUCGUUCCGCUGCACGGCUGCACCGUCGACAAGUACGGCCGAUGUCGCCGAAAGGAUUGGAUCAAUGGCCUCAGCUUUGCAACGAAUGGAGGCGACUGGUCGAGUUGCUACGCAUAG